AUGACUCGUCGGGGAUUCGACGAAACGAUCAACGGAAUAGAAUGUUGGUUCUCUUGUCGCAAAACGGAGGAUUCAAAUUGGCAAUGCUCUUUGGUCGUACAUAACAAGCAACCCCCGUCACUUGGCUGGAAAGUCGAAUACAAAAUCAGAACAAAUAAUGGUGUUGAGACAGUUGGGACGAAGGAAGGAAAAAUUCAUGCUUGUUCUGCGAUCUCGUUUCGAGACGAUCCGAAGUAUUAUGUCAACGGAAACAUGACAAUUGAAUGUCAUGUGGAAUUGUAUGAAGUAGAUGGAAAUGGAGUCAGGAAACAACGGGCGGCAACAGAAAUCGGAAGUAACCCACCACGACUGUUUGAUGAAUCAGUGAAAGAGUUUAGUGAUGUCGUGUUGGUGGUCGAGGAGAAAAAGUUUCAUGUGAUAAAGCUGGUGAGCGAUUCUACGGUAUUAUGGUGUCUCAAGUACUAUUUGCAGUUCCUCGCCUCGGAAUCUUCCUACUUCAAAUCUCUGUUGAUCGGAAGUUUCGAAGAAUCGAAGAAAGAUGAAAUCAGUCUGAAAGAUGUCGAAGCGAAAUACUUCCAAUUGUUUCUCGAAUCUCUUUAUGGGGAUCGUGUUAUCAAUGACGAAACAGUGGAUGAGAUAAUGAAACUCGCGGAUAUGUUCGAUGCAAAACGAGUCCGUCAAAAGUGUGAAGUUUAUUUGAUCAAGAAGUCAAGGAAGAGUCUGAAAAGGAAACUUGAUUUGGCUGUUCAAUUCAACUCAACUGAGCUAAAGAGAAAAUGCUUGGAAGAUGUGAAAACUGUAGAAGAUAUUCGUUCUGUAAUACCCGAUAAUCUAGAAGAAAUGGACCAUUCCGUGUUGGCUUCUCUUCUUGACAAAGCGAUUGAAUUUAGCAGAAAAUGA